ACUUCCGGCUGCGAGCCGGGUCGCGAGUUGGGCAGCCAGAGCUGGGAAUCCCGCUCAGCCGGGCAUCAGCUGAGCUGGGCUGCAGCAAUGAGCAGCGACGACUCCUCCCUCAUGGCUUCGAUCAUUUACUACAGCCAGGAAAAGUACUUCCACCAUGUGCAGCAGGCUGCGAGUGUGGGCUUAGAGAGGUUCAGCAAUGACCCUGUACUGCAGUUCUUCAAAGCUUACGGAGUCCUGGGGGAAGACCAUAUCCACGACGCCAUCAGUGAGCUGGAGAGCAUCCAAAGCCACCCAGAUGUGUCCCUGUGCUCUGUCAUCGCUCUGCUUUAUGCUCACAAGCGCUGCGACACCAUUGACGGAGAAGCAGUUCAGGAGUUGGAGAGUAACUUGAAGGAAAUCCGCAAGACGGCCAGUGACACUGCCCUGUACUACGCCAGCCUCUUCCUCUGGCUCAUUGGCCACCACGACAAGGCCAGGGAAUAUGUUGACCACAUGCUGAAGGUCUACAGUGGCUCCAAAGAGGGCUACGUGCUCAAAGGCUGGGUAGACCUCACCUCCAAUAAACCCCACGUCGUGAAGAAAUCCAUCAAGUACCUGGAACAAGGAACUCAUGACACCAAAGAUGUGCUGGGGCUGAUGGGCAAGGCAACAUACUACCUGACACAGCAGAACUUCUCCGGGGCCCUAGAGGUGGUGAACCAGGUCACUAUGGCCUCAGGGAACUUCCUGCCGGCCUUAGUCCUGAAGAUGAGGCUGUUCCUGGCUCGGCAAGAUUGGGACCAGACAGUAGAAACCGGACACAGAAUCCUUGAAAAAGACGAAAGCAAUAUUGAUGCCUGGCAAAUUCUAACUGUGCACGAACUUGUGAGGGAAGGAAACACGGCCACGGCUACUGAUCAUGUUAAAAAUCUCAUCAAGGCACUAGAGACUCGAGAACCCCAGAAUCCCAGCCUCCACCUUAAGAAGAUUCUUGUGGUCAGUAGACUGUGCGGGAGGCACCAGGCGGUCCAGCGACUUGUGAGCGGCUUCCUGGAGCGCAUGUUCAUGACCACACCUUCCUGUGCCCUUGUGGCCACAGAGUUGGGCUAUCUCUUCAUUCUACAGCAGCAAGUGAAGGAAGCAUGCUUGUGGUACAAGGAGGCCAUGAAGCUAGAAGAGAACCGGCUAGCUGCUUUGGCAGGGAGCAUCUGGUGCCAGAUCUUGCAGGGCCAGCUGGAGGAGGCGGCGCACCAGCUGGAGUUCCUCAGGGAGGUGCAGCAGUCCCUCGGGAAGUCUGAGGUGCUGGUCUUCCUGCAAGCCCUCGUGGCAUCUAAGAAGCAGAAGCCUGAGCAAGAGGCCACCGCGCUCCUGAAGGAGGCAGUGGAGCUGCACUUCUCCAGCAUGCAGGGCCUGGCCCUGAGUCCCGAGUACUUCGAAAAGCUGGACCCCCUCUUUCUGGUCUGCAUUGCCAAGGAGUAUCUGCAUUUCUGCCCCAAGCAGCCUCGGUCACCUGGCCAGCUCGUGUCUCCACUUCUUAAACAAGUCGCUAUGAUCUUGAGUCCUGUGGUGAAGGUAGCCCCAGCCAUGAUGGACCCACUGUUUGUGACGGCUCAGGUUAAGUUCCUCUCAGGAGAGCUGGAGAACGCCCAGAGCACCCUGCAGCGCUGCCUGGAGCUGGAUCCCACCUUCGUGGAUGCCCACCUCCUCAUGUCCCAGAUCUACCUGGCUCAAGGCAACUUUGCCAUGUGUUCCCAUUGUUUAGAGUUGGGUGUCAGCCACAACUUCCAGGUUCGAGACUACCCCCUCUACCACUUCAUCAAAGCCAGGGCCCUCAACAAGACUGGUGACUAUGCCGAAGCCAUAAAGACCUUGAAGAUGAUCGUAAAACUGCCCACCACAAAGGUGGAAGAGAGCAGGAAGCUCCGAGGCCCCUCCGUACGUCCCAGCGAGCGGGCAUCCAUCCUGCUGGAGCUGGUAGAGGCCCUCCGACUGAAUGGGGAGCUGCAUGAGGCCACCAAGAUCAUGCAGGAUGCCAUCAAUGAGUUCAGCGGCACGGCCGAGGAGAUGCGCAUCACAGUCGCCAAUGUGGACCUGGCUCUGAGCAAAGGCAACGUGGACUCGGCCCUGAGUAUGCUGAGAGGCAUCACGCCCAAGCAGCCCUGCUACACUGAAGCCAAGGAGAAGAUGGCCAGCAUCUACCUGCACAAUCGGAAGGACGUGCGCCUCUACAUCGGCUGCUACAUGGAGCUCUGUGAACACCUGCCCGGCCCCCACAGCAGCCUUCUACUGGGUGACGCGUUCAUGAACAUUCAGGAGCCUGAGAAGGCCCUGGAGGUGUACGAUGAGGCCUAUAGAAAGAACCCUCACGAUGCCUCCUUGGUCAGCAGAAUCGGACAAGCCUACAUGAAGACCCACCAGUACGCCAAGGCCAUUAAUUACUACGAGGCCGCCCAGAAGAUCAGUGGGCAGGACUUCCUGUGCUGCGAGCUGGCCGAGCUGCUCCUGAAGCUGAAGAAGUACCACAAGGCAGAGAAGGUGCUGAAGCAGGCCCUGGAACGAGACUCUGGUGGGACCAAAGACAUUUCAUCCCUGAUGAGUGAGGUCAAGUGCUUGCUUUUGCUGGCAAAGGUUUACAAGAACCAUAAAAAAGAGGAUGUGGUUGGAACACUGAACCAGGCCUUGGACCUCCAGUCCCGGAUACUGAAGAGGGUUCCCCUGGAGCAACCGGAAAUGCUCCCCUUCCAGAAGCAGCUGGCAGCCUCCAUCUGCAUCCAGACCGGGGAGCAUUACGUGACAGAGAAAGACUACGACAAAGCCGUGAAAUCCUACAAAGACGCCCUCUCCUACUCGCCAACGGACAACAAGGUGGCGCUGGAGCUGGCACAACUCUACCUGCUUCAGGGGCAGCUGGACUUGUGUGAACAGCGCUGUGGCCCCCUCUUACAGAUGGAGCAGACGCACGAGAGAGCUGCCGUGAUGCUGGCUGAUCUGAUGUUCAGAAAACAAAACUACGAAGCGGCCAUCAGUCUCUACCGCCAAGUGCUGGAGAAAGCGCCAGACAAUUUUUUGGUAUUGAAUAAAUUGAUCGAUCUGCUACGACGGAGUGGCAAGCUUGAAGAGGCUCCUGCUUUCUUUGAACUGGCCAAGAAGGUGUCUAGCCGGGUGCCUUUGGAGCCAGGGUUUAACUACUGCCAAGGCCUUUACUGCUGGCACAUUGGACAACCCAAUGAAGCCUUGAAGUUUCUGAACAAAGCCCGAAAGGACAGCACCUGGGGCCAGAUUGCCACCUGCUACAUGGUCCAGAUCUGUCUGAACCCUGAUAAUGAGAUUGUCGGUGGGGAGACCUUCGAGAGCCUUAUGGCUGACAGCAAUUCCACCAGUCGGAAAGAGUCCCAGCAACACGGGGUGCGCACGGCAGAGAAGCUCCUGCGGGAAUUUUACCCCCACUCGGACUCCAGGCAGACCCAUCUGCGGCUGCUGCAGAGCCUCUGCCUGCUGGCCACCAGGGAGAAGGCGAAUGUAGAGGCGGCUCUCGGGGCCUUUAUCGAGAUGGCCCAGGCUGAGAAGGACAGUAUCCCUGUAUUGCUGGCCAUGGCACAGGCCUACAUGCUGCUGAAGCAAGUCCCCAAGGCCCGCACGCAGCUGAAGCGCCUCGCCAAGGUCCCGUGGACGCUGGAUGAGGCCGAAGACCUGGAAAGGAGCUGGCUUCUGCUAGCUGACAUCUACUGCCAAGGCGGCAAGUUCGACCUGGCCUUGGAGCUGCUUCGCCGCUGCCUCCAGUACAACAAGUCUUGCUGCAAGGCCUAUGAGUACAUGGGUUUCAUCAUGGAAAAAGAGCAGUCCUACAAGGAUGCGGCCACCAACUAUGAGCUGGCCUGGAAGUACAGUCACCAAGCCAGCCCUGCCAUUGGUUUCAAACUGGCUUUCAACUAUCUGAAAGACAAGAAAUUUGUGGAUGCCAUCGAAGUCUGUCACAGUGUCCUGACGGAGUACCCCAAUUAUCCCAAGAUCAGAGAGGAAAUUUUGGAGAAAGCCCAAGGGUCCUUGAGGCCCUAGCUGUGCCUGGAGAGGGCUUGAGCCAGCAGAGGUCGCCAGUCUGUACACACUGCACGGGGAGAGCAGGAAGAAUUGGGAAAAUGACGUGUUCUCGCCAUUUCUGUAUUGUCUGUGGUUUAUUUGGACUCAUGCCUCAUCUGGCCUGAAGGUGUCUAGAAGCUUUAUGUCUUUAAGGCCCAAGAAGCAAUUUUCCCUGGGGAAGGAAGACAGCUGGUUUAGUAUGGAGCCCACUUCUGUUCCAGACUCCUGAAGAAGCAGAACAAAGAAAUCUCCCAGUAGAGCGAUGGCUGGGAAAAUACACCCUAUACCUAUUCCAGAGUGUUCCCUGCCCCAAUCUUGUCCCCGGUAUCUGGGACUACCCCUCCCUACCAUGAUGUCCACUGAGCCUGCCCUGGCAGUGGGCUCAGACCGUAGGACCACCUGCGGAAGGGUCGGUUUUCAAACCCCAUUGUCUUCACUGUAUUCACCCACCUUCCCCAAGCUGGACCUCACCUGGUUGGGACAAGUCACAUGACCACCGAAUCACAUCCUGCCCUUGCAAUCACCACACUUUGGAUUUUGUGGAAGGUAUUAGCCAGCCAGCUCUCCUUCUAGGAACCCAUUUAAUGCCCUAGCGGGCAGGCAUAGUGCAGCGGCCCCUAUUCAGAUGCUAAUGAUCAUUUUACCGCUAAGAGAACUCACCUUUGCUGGGUUCCCAAUACACCUCUACCUGUUUCUCAGGAUGGAAUUAUGGGUCAGUCCAGCCUUCGGGGGGCAGGCGGGAGGGACUCUGAACUGAGUAUCUGGAGGCCCCUCCCACGUGCUUCUCUCUGAGAUCAGGGCAGGGGAUGUGAUUUAGCUGGUGGAGCUCUUGUCCAAUGUGCAUGACAUCCUGAGUUUGACACACACACACACCCACAGCACACAUAAGUCACACCUGGAACCCCAGCACUUUGGAAGGUCGAGCUCAUCCUAACUGAGGUGAUCUUGGGCUAUGUAAGACCCU